GUGCCUUAUUGGACGCGUGAUUGCACGUUCCGCCACCAAAAAUUUUCAACGUCUGCUCUGUCCAUUACCCAAUAGCCACUGAGAAACUUAAGAGUUGGCACACACGGAGAAAGCACUUCCCUGGAAUUUUCCUUUUGAUUCCCUCUCUUUCUUCGUCCUUUGCGUAUAAAUUCCUUAUUUAGAUCCAAAACUUGAGGGUUUGUGGAUUCUGAAUUCAGCCUUUUCAGUUCUUAAGUUUUGAACUACAGUCUUAGAACUUUCAAGUGAAAAACCAAGUCUUUCCCCAACUGUCUCUUCUCCAGCUUUCUCAAUUUCAGGGUUUGGGUCGUCAAAUACAUUUCCCUCUGUUCACUGUUUAGACUUCAGAGUUUAAGCUUUGGGUUUAGCUUCUUAUUCUUGAUUCUUGAUUGAGUGAAAGGUUUACAGAUAAAAAUUCUUUCUUGCUCAUUGUACAUUUCAAGAGCACCAAAAAUUUGAAAAAACAGACCAAAAGGGGUCCAGGUUUUUUGGAUUGAAGCUCUAUAUUAGUUGGCUGAGAAACCAAGAGAUCAGAAUUCAAAUUCUUGAGAUUUUUCUUUUGGUGGAUUUUAAUUUGAAAUGGAAGGGAAGAGCUCAGUAAGAUUCACCCUAGGGAAGCAAUCGUCUUUAGCACCAGAACGCCACGGAGAGGGUUUGGAUGCGGAAAAGGAAGAGUUAGUGGAUAUCGAUCCAGGUGUGCGACUAAUGUACUCGGUCAAUGAGUGCAAUUUGGAUGGGAUUCGCGAGCUCUUAGAUUCAGGUAUUGAUGUAAAUUUUCGCGAUAUCGACGACCGGACUGCGCUUCAUAUUGCUGCUUGCCAAGGCUUUCCUGACGUCGCCACUCUGUUGCUCGAUAACGGUGCCGAGAUUGACCCCAAAGAUCGAUGGGGGAGCACGCCUCUUGCAGAUGCUAUCCACUAUAAAAACAAUGACGUGAUCAAGCUUUUGGAGCAGCGUGGUGCAAAGCCUCUGAUGGCUCCUAUGCACGUCAAUCAUGCUCGGGAAGUCCCAGAGUAUGAAAUUAAUGCUGCCGAGCUUGAUUUUACUAACAGUGUAGAAAUAACAAAGGGAACCUUUCGUAUAGCAUCAUGGCGUGGAAUUCAAGUUGCUGUUAAAAAGCUUGGGGAGGAUGUAAUUUCUGAUGAGGAUAAAGUUAGAGCAUUCAGAGAUGAGCUUGCAUUGCUUCAGAAGAUACGACAUCCAAAUGUGGUCCAAUUUCUGGGUGCUGUUACUCAAAGUAGUCCUAUGAUGAUUGUGACCGAAUAUCUUCCCAAGGGAGACCUUUGUGCUUUCUUGAAGAGAAGAGGAGCAUUAAAACCAUCAACAGCUGUGAGAUUUGCACUUGAUAUUGCAAGGGGGCUGAAUUAUUUACAUGAGAACAAACCUCCAAUAAUUCACCGUGAUCUUGAGCCUUCAAAUAUAUUGCGGGAUGAUUCUGGACAUCUAAAAGUUGCAGAUUUUGGAGUUAGUAAGUUGAUUACUGUUAAAGAAGACAAGCCUCUAACUUGUAAAGACACUUCUUGCCGGUAUGUGGCCCCAGAAGUUUUCAAAAAUGAAGAAUAUGACACCAAAGUGGAUGUCUUUUCCUUUGCUUUAAUUUUGCAGGAGAUGAUUGAAGGCUGCCCACCAUUUUCUGCAAAGCAAGAACAAGAAGUUCCAAAUUCAUAUUGCGCAAAAGAGCGUCCACCUUUUAGAGCUCCAACAAAGCACUAUUCACAUGGACUUAAAGAGUUGAUUCAGGAGUGUUGGGAUGAGAUUCCAGCUAAGCGUCCAACUUUCAGGCAAAUAAUAACAAGACUGGAGUCCAUUCACAACAGUAUUGGUCAUAAGAGGCGCUGGAAGGUUAGACCAUUAAAGUGCUUUCAGAAUCUGGAGGCCAUGUUGAAGAAAGAUCUUAGUCUAAGUGGCCGGAGUCGUUCUUCCCGCUCCACCAAUUAGAUUACCAGGCUGCAGAAAUUAUGUAAAAGGAUUCUUCUAUAAUUUGGAGCACAGCUUUCUUUUGUUGUAAUUUGCCGGUCAUUGGAUUUGAUUUCUUCCAAGUGUUGCUCUCCCAUGGAAUUUGUGGGUUGAGCUUGACAAUCAUGCUGUAUGUGCAAUGUGUAUAUUAACAGUAGUGGUGGGGUGGUUAAUGUCCAUUUUGCGUAUGAUAACAA